AUGCAGAAGAUGGCAGCCGGGCCUACCCUUGAGAGGUAUGCUUUGGUGACCGAUGAAAUUCUGCCGCUUGCAAAGAAGCUUGUGUCUAAGGGCAAAGCAAAUGUGCAAAUACCCCAAGCGGUAUUACACCUGAUUCAGAAGAAAAGUAUUGCCAUAAGAAAAGAGUGUGCUGUCUGGUUUGAGGCGCAAGCAAAAGAAAACACGAUGAUGUGGCAAGGUGUCCAAACCCAUUCUCACUUCGUCAGUGUGCUCGCCGGAACUCUAGAAAUACUUACACCACACAUCUCACCAACGAAGACAGGCCAGGCCGGACCCAACGACCCUGACAAAAACAAGAGCGCAAAGCCUACCUGGGUCCACAGCAACAGGUUCGCCAACCGCGAGAUGGAAGACCUUGGAAUACAAGAAUCAACAAACGCCUUGGACAAGAAAGCCAAAACCCUCACUAACGCGCCAGCACUAGCUCAAGAAUCCGGUAAAACCGUCUAUGAAGUUAAAACCUCGAAUGAAGACGUGAUUUAUGCGGUCUAUUGCAUGCUCGAGGAUCAGGAUCGGAUUCAAGAUAAUAUCUGCCAAUUGUGGCAGGAUUAUUUCACAGGGCAUGUCAGUCUGAUCACCGCUUAUGCCACCAGCAAUACUGUUAUAGAAGUGGUGUGA